CUCAUGUUCUGUAAAGAGAACAGCUGGAUUUCACUGACUAAAUUGAAGCCAUUUUUCAUGUAGCAAGACCAGUUUUGUUGGAAAAGCACUGUUCCUUAGAGAUAAGAUGUCACUAACGUUCUCUUGUCGUAUUGGGAGACAAUACUUCUACCGUACUGCGAAGAUACUGAUGGCAGAUAUCAAUGGACAAAAAUUGCAAUUGCAGGGUUAUGCAAGUGACAAUGGCAAAUCAGACAAAGCUGUACCUUUUGGAUUUCAAGCAACAUCUAACGGCACAGCAUUCGAUUUAAGCAGUUCAAAAUCCUAUGAUCAAGCAUACUCCGAGCAUGGCAACAUUUCUCAGCCUAUUAAUCUCUCAUGUUCAACAUCAUCUCUUGAAGGAUAUCAAGCAAACACACAUGAAUUUUCCCCUUCACAUCAACAGGAUAUCUUGAGUAACUCAAAUCGGGUUACUUUAAAUAGAGAGAUCAAUGAUAUGACCCCAGGUGUAGCAGGAGGGGAUCAAAGUGACCAACAACAAAAUAGUGACUUAUAUGUUUCGUUGUAUGAUAGCAAGACAUAUGUCAGCCUCUAUGGAGUUAUGCAAAGCAAUGUCCCGGAACCGUAUCAACCUCCUGAAACUUCAAACCAGGCAGAAACGCAUGGUCACGGUGAAUCACAUCUCCAAAUGCCAAGUGGAGGUGUUGUCAUGGGGGAUAAAUUCAUGUCCAGCCAUCGUAUGGACACUCACGCAACCACUCAUAUUACUAAUACUAAUCUCAAACGAAAAUUCUCUACAUCUGUAGUCCACAUAUCUCCCAUCGCUACCCAUAAUGCAAAUAUGCAGGUCUGCAGGUUAAAAACCCACAAGGAAUACAAGGUGAAGAUGGCGCUAGA